CAUAACUGGUUGAUUCCCGGAGUCAGUUCCCCAAAUGCUUUCACUUGGUUAACACUUUGAAUGUGUUAUGUCUAAUGAUGGGACAGCGGAUCAUCAGGACCCAGGCAGGAAGACCUCCAGGGGCUAAAUGUUCCCUUCUGCCUUCUUCCUGCAUUGCAACACACCUCAGGGACAGGACCUGGGGACAGCCUUCGUGUGACUUGGUGGUCUGAUCCGGUUCUAUGCAGGUCUUCUUCUGUGCUCCAUAUGUUUGUGUCUGAAAACUGCGAGAGGAGAGGGUGGAAAGUGGAUGACCUUGGAGGUGGGUUGUAGGCUGCCCCACCCAACCAGAAGCUUGAAACGUGAUGGCGUCACAAAUGGAGCUCCUCUUUGGAGUUCUGCAGGACUUGGGGAUUGAGGAGUUCAAGCAUUUCCAGUGGUUCCUAAAGGCUGGCAAUGUCAAAGGCUUCCCAGCUAUUCCAAAGAGCCAACUGGAAGAGGCUGACCGGCAGGACACAGUGGAUCGGAUGGUGCAGACAUACAGCCUUCCUGGAGCUCUGCAGAUCACUGAGGAAAUUCUGAAGAAAAUCAGCAGGAAUGAUUUAGUGGUGUGUUUUUCUGAAAGGGUUUCAGAACCCAACAAGGAUGCCACUGAUGUUGGGAAGACUUCAGAGAACACAGGAGCUUCUUACAUUCAGCAAGCACAGGCAGCUCUUCCUCACCCUGAAGCCCCUGGUGCUCAGGAUGAAGAUUUGUUGGUGCAAAGACCAAAGCCUGCACAACCCAUCACAUCAUACCAACGCAUGCUCCAGUCAAACCUCCAGAACAAGUUUAUGUCUAUACCAGAGGGGUCGUCAAAGCAGAAGGAUAAGAAACUUCUGGAUGAUAUCUACACAGAGCUCUACAUCAUAGAUGGGAAUGAUGUAGAUCUCAGUGGGCAGCAUGAGGUCAAGCACAUUGAGAUGGCAUCAAGAAAACCAGACGGAAGAGAGCGAUCAAUUCAGCACAACAACAUUUUCAAACACCCUUCUGGAGAAAACACACCUGUAAGAACGGUCCUGACCAAUGGGAUUGCAGGAAUAGGCAAAACGUUCCUGGUUUACAAGUUCAUCCUGGACUGGGCUGAAGGACGAGCCAAUCAAGAUGUGCAUCUCACAUUCCCCUUCACCUUCCGCCAGCUGAAUUUACUGAAGGGGAGAAGGUUUAGUUUUGCAGAGCUCAUUCACAAAUGUAUCAGGGAAAGUCAAGAUAUCACAGAGGAAGCACUGAAUUACAUCUUCACAAAACUGCAGGCUUCAGGAAAUACCAACUAUAACAAAAGUAAAUUUAAACUUCUGUUUGUGCUUGAUGGGCUGGACGAAAGCCGCCUUGAGCUCAACUUCAGUGACAAGGAAGAAUGUUCUGUUGAUGAGCCAUUGUUGGUGAAUGAACUGCUUGCAUACCUCAUCAAGGGUAAACUGCUCCCUUCUGCUCGCCUCUGGAUAACCACACGACCGGCGGCGGCUCAUCAGAUCCCUCUUGACUUUGUUGACAUUGUGACAGAGGUGAGAGGGUUCACUGAUCCACAGAAGGAAGAGUACUUCAUGAAGAGAUUCAGAGAUUCAGAGAUUGCCGACAGAAUCAUCUCCCACAUCAAGACAUCACAAAGCCUCCACAUCAUGUGCCACAUCCCAGUCUUCUGCUGGAUCACUGCUACAGUUCUGAAGCAAAUGGUAAGGGAGGAUGAGAGAAAAGAAAUCCCUCAAACUCUGACUGAGAUGUAUACAAAAUUCCUUGUGUUUCAGAUCAAGCAGACAGCACUAAAGUAUGACACAAAUAAGAACAUCAAGAUCAUUCAGUCCCUUGCAAAGCUUGCUUUUCACCAGUUGGAGAGUGGCAAUCUGAUCUUCUAUGAAGCAGAGUUGAAGAACAGUGCCAUUGAUCUUAGUGAAGCAUCACUGUACUCAGGGGUGUUCACACAGAUCUUUAAAGAAGAAGAUGGACUGAAUGAAGACAAGAUGUUUUGUUUCGUGCAUCUGAGCAUUCAUGAGUUUUUGGCAGCUGUUUUUGUGGUCCUGUCACUCUUUAAUGACAGGAAGGAUGUGAUGGCGGAGCCCCAAACACUUCUCCAACAUCUGCAGAUGCUUUUCAAGAAACCAUCUUCAAUUGAGGUCUGUAUGAAAGCUGUAGACAAGGCCUUGCAGAGUCCAAAUGGACAUCUAGACUUGUUCCUCCGCUUCCUCCUGGGCCUUUCGUUGAAGUCAAAUCAGGAUCUCUUACAGGGCCUGCUGAAACAAAAAGGAAGAAACACAGAGACCAACCAGAAACUAGUGAAUUACAUCAAGAAGAUCAGGGAGAAUCCCUCUCCAGAGAGAUGCAUUAACCUCUUCCACUGUCUGAGUGAAAUGAAGGACUGUUCACUAGUGGAUGAGAUCCAUCAUUAUCUGAGAACAGGAAGCCUCACCACAGCACAUCUUUCUCCUGCUCAGUGGUCAGCCCUGGUCUACGUGUUACUGUCAUCUGAAAAAGAUCUGGAUGUGUUUGACCUCAACAAAUACUCAAAUUCAGAAGAGGUUCUAAUGAGAAUGCUGCCUUUGGUCAAAGUCUCAACAACUGCACUACUGAACCAAUGUCAGCUGUCCCAGCUGUCUUGUGAAGCUCUGGCUUCAAUUCUCAGCACUCAGUCCUCCAAGCUGAGAGAGCUGGACAUGAGUAACAACAACCUACAGGAUUCAGGAGUGAAACUGCUCUCUUCUGGACUUGAGAGUCCAAACUGUAGACUGGAAAAACUAAGGUUGUCAAACUGUGAGAUCAAAAAGGAAGGCUGUGCUUUUUUGGCCUUAGCCCUGAGCUCCAACCCGUCCCAUCUGAAAGAGCUGGACCAGAGCAACAAUCAUCAAAGAAACACAAAAAAGAGGCGACUAGGGAAUGCAGGACCGACACCACACCAACAAUUACCAAGCUACUCAGAGCUAACAAAGGCAUGCUGUCACAAUGUGGGACAAUACUGCAGUCUGAGAGAGCUGGACCUGAGUAACAACAACCUGCAGAAUUCAGGACUGAAGCUGUUCUCAGCUGGACUGGAGAGUCCACACUGUGGACUGGAAACUCUCAGCUUGAAUAUGUGUAACCUGGCAGAGAAAAGCUGUUUAUAUCUGGCCUCAGUGCUCUGCUCCAAGUUCUCCAGUCUAAAAAAACUGGACCUGAGCAACAACGACCUGCAGGAUUUAGGAGUGCAGCUGCUGUAUAGUGGACUAAAAUAUCCACGCUGUAGACUGGAAACACUUAGGUUGUCAGGCUGCAUGAUCACAGUGGAAGGCUGUGCUUCUUUGGCCUCAGCUCUGAGGUUUAACCCCUCCCAUUUGAAAGAGCUGGACCUGAGCUACAAUCAUCCGGGAGACUCGGGGGUGAAGAUGCUCUCGGCUGUGAGAGAGGAUCCACAGUGGAGACUGGACAUUCUCAGUGCUGAUCAUUGUGGAAAGUUCAGGAUCGUGCCUGGGCUUCGGAAAUAUGCAUGUGAACUCACACUUGACCCAAACACAGCACACAAGUGGUUUGUCCUGUCUCCAGAUGGCAAACAGGUGACAAGGGUAAGAGAGGAGCAACCAUAUCCUGAUCACCCAGAGCGGUUUGACUACAGGAACCAGGUUCUGUGUGCAAAUGGUCUGACUGGACGCUGUUACUGGGAGGUGGAGUGGAAAGGACCAGCUUAUGCCGGAGUGACAUAUAGAGGAAUCUGCAGGAAAGGACGGCAGGAUGACUCUCUGCUCGGGUGGAAUGAAAAGUCCUGGUGCUUAGACAACAACAAGAAAAUUGUUUGGCACAACGGAAAGGCCACAGUCACAUCGUUCAGCGGCACUGUCAGUAGAGUAGCAGUGUAUCUGGACUGGCCUGCUGGCAUUCUGUCCUUCUACAGCGUCUCCUCUGACACACAGAUGCACCUCCACACCUUCCACUGCACAUUCACUGAACCCGUCUAUCCUGCAUUGAGUGUUCUCGGCACUGGUUCAUUUGCAGUAUUGUGCACUUGUUAAAGAGUGUCCAAAUAUUAUUUUAUGAUGCAAACUACGAGACUACACAUAUAUGGACUUGAUACGUGGUUUUCAAAGGUGGGAAACUGCAAGGGAGAAGGGUCUACACCACAUCAUAUAAGAGAUCACAUUGUUUGUUGUAGGGUCAGCCUGGUGGCUCAUAGAGCACGUAGCAUGUACUACUGAGACUAACUAGCAGUUUGGGUUCAAAUCUGGCCCGGAUCCUUUGCUGCAUAUGUCAUCCUCUACCUUAUAUUUCUGGUAUAUCUCCACUAUGCCUAUCUAAAGCUUUACUAAUAGUUCCCAUUACAGCCACAAUUACAGCCUGUUUGUGCCCUUACUAUCUUGCCAUCACAUUUUAUUUUUAAUCUUGGAUGCAUGUGCAUGACUACAUGGCAGGCUAAGGCUGAAACAAAGUAUUAAAUGCAAAACUUUCAUUCUAUUACAUUUCACUGAUUUUCAUUUAACAUGUUGUAUUAUUUUCAUAGUCUUAUAUGUUUCUGAAUAAAUGUAAUUCAGUUUUAAACAGUAUUUCAGACAUUCAGUAUGCCACUGGCUCCAACUAAUACAAAGUGCAGCAGCCAGUCUUUUUGUUCUCAUGUCUAAAUGCAAGACUAGAGGGGAUUGUUUGCCUUUGCUGUCUGGCCUUCUGGUCACACAGGAGCUCAAGCUGUUGAAUUAUUAUCUUCUUUUAAACAGCUUCCUAAAAUUAAUUAUUAUCGAUUAGCCUAUGAAUAAUUUGCAUGCCCUUUAAGCCUGGCAUAUUGUUUCACACUGCACUUUUUAUAUUUGUAUCCAGUGUGUAAUUUACAAAUAUGUGUUGUUUCUAUUCCUUUAUCUUUUCUUUUUUUUUCUAUCACUGUAAUAUUGGUUUGAUAAAGUGCUAUACAAAUGUACAUAUAAUAUAUAAUUUGCUUCCGCCCCUCUGUUUAGAAUUGAUGGGCACUAUAUCAACAUUUGAUGGUUUAUAACACACUAUUAUGCAGUUGUAAGCAGAUGUAAGGAAUUUUUAAGCCUCUACUUAUGGGUGUCCACAGGAGGAUUUACUACAUAUACUACACAUCCAGUACUAUAAGAGUGUUAGACUAAUGAGGAUCAGUCUUUCUGAAUUAAAGUUAUACAAUUCUGCCAUCUAAUGGUUAAACAAAAAAGGUGCAUAUUUUAGGUCAACCUUCACAAAAUCUGGGCUGGUAUGUAUGAAGCUUCUAAGAUAUGUUGUCAUCAGAGAACACAUAGGUCAGCCUAAAAACAUAUUUGUUUACAAAGUAAAAAACCUUCAAUAAAGAGGUACUCCAACCUAAAAUGUGUUUUUGAGCUGUAAACUGAAUCAUAUGACUAUACUGUGAUAAAACACAUCAAUGCUGGUGUAAACAUUUACUGGUGUCACAACAUUUAUAUUAAAAAAGAAGGUUAACACCCUCUAAUCAGA